GACCUCUGUCUGCGCGCUAGAGGCUACCGUUGACUGCAAUGGACACGGUUGUGGAGGCAGUUGAUUCGUCGGGGUGCAGCCGAUGAGACGAUCAGCACUGGCGGCCGCGUCCCCGCCGCUGCAACCCAGCCAGCACGCGCCCGCCGCCACAGAAGCGCCCACAGGAGGUGAUAGGUAUUGAAGCACGCAACGUUCCUCGCAGCUGCCCCGGCAGUCGCGGAGCAACGCGACUUCGCAUCCACCCGCAAAUGUCAGGACCGCACCAGCCGCCCCCUUUCACACACCGACCAUUGGAGGAUGACGCCGGGGCGGAGGGCGUCGCGCCCCGACCGACUUCGCAGACCUGCUGCCGGCAUCGAGCCGCACGCCGCACGCCGGAGGACGACCUGACGAUCCCUGCCCCGCAGUCGAUGCUCGCCUGUGUCGAUGCGGAGCUCGAUCCGCGGCGGCUUGCCGGCAUCCACCGCUGGCUGUGGAUCGCGGGCCGGCCCAUGCCGCCGCGCCCGCUCCGCCAGCAGCGCCUCCUCAGCCGCGACCUUGUGAUCACCGAGAGGCUGGACCAGCACCUCGUGUGGGGGAACGGGCGCAUGCUCCUCAAGCCGCUGCCAGCGCUUCCUCCUGGAGCCGCGCUUCUGGGGCGAGCACCUGCGCUGCGGCCUGCUGCCUUGUCCUGAGACAGAACCUCGAUAGACAUCGAUAGAAAAUAGCGUGGUGUUGAUAUGCAACCCCGCACGGCUCCAUUGGCGACGUACCCGUCCAUCUCGCCACACGGCAAGAAAGGUGUCAAGUUUUCAUAAACGGAGGUUCUGGAGGCACUGGAAUUUUCGGGAUACAAAUCGCCAAAGGCCUCGGCAUUCCGUCAGUCUCAUGCACUGCGUACAAGGAGUCUCUCUGCAAAGAGCUUGUGCCCGACUAUACUUCUGCCGAUGUCGUUCAGGUCCUCAGGGAGUCUGGUCCGAUCUACAUGCUCUGCGUCGACAACGACAUGACGAACGAUCGUGGC